UCUAUCUGCCACCAUGCGUGCCGCCGCUCUACUGACGCUCGCCGCCUGCGCCGUGACCGUGCGCGGCCAGAGCGACUCCAACACGACGGUGACAGAGUGCGGCCAGCAGCAGGUGCUCUCCGGCCGCGGCCGAAUCGUGGGCGGCAGCGGCGCCUACGCCGGCCAGCUGCCCUGGACCGUCUCCAUCCAGCUGGCCGGACAGCACUUCUGCGGCGGCACGCUGAUUGGCCAGCGCCACGUGCUCUCGGCCGCGCACUGCUUCCACAACCGGCGGACGGCAGACUUCCGCGUGGUGGCCGGCGAGCACGACCUGCGCGUGGCAGAGCCGGCGCAGCAGGAGCUGGCCGUGGCCGCGCUCACCGUGCACGACCAGUACAAGUACCCGAGCUUCCGGAACGACCUGGCGCUGCUGACGCUGGCCGCGCCGGCCAUCUGGGGGCCGUUCGUGCAGCCGGCGUGUUUGCCGGCGGCCGGCGCCGCGCCGCCCACCGGCCGCACAGCCACCGUGGCCGGCUGGGGCUGGCUGGCAGAGUACCGCGACGGCGGACGACGCGCCGACCGCCUACAGAGCGCCGACGUGCCCGUCCAGACGCGCGACACGUGCAACGCCUGGUUCGCCGCCGCCGGCAAGCGGCUGACGCUGAAGCCCGGCCAGAUCUGCGCCGGCCUCAGCGAGGGCGGCAAGGACGCGUGCCAGGGCGACAGCGGCGGCCCGCUGGUGGUGGCCGAGCCCGGCGGCCGCCACACGCUGGUCGGCGUGGUGUCGGCCGGCAUCGGCUGCGCCCGGCCCAGCCUGCCUGGCAUCUACACGGACGUCAGCCACUACCUCAAAUGGAUCCAGCUUCGGCUGGCAGAGGAGCAGGAGUAGAGAUCAGCAACCAUUUGGAAUUGGUAGCUGCAACACGAUUGCCAGUUGAAAUGCUGAUCUCAGUUGGCUUGGUAUUUUUGUUUAGUGCAGGGCAUAUGUCAUUUUAUAUUUCAGUCAGUUCCGUGAAUAGUGGUCAUAUUGGUGUAUGCUAAAGAGCCUCUAUCUUGGAGCAAUGCGAAUUGCAGUGCUAAGUGAGACAUCUACACUGUAACUGAUAAUGACAUGGUGAUAUCACACAUCACCACAUUUAUAAUUUAUAAAUGAAUGCCAUUUUGUUAUGUGCAAGUUGAAUGUGUAUGCAAUACAGCCUAUAAGAUAAAAUAUCAGUUGGGGAAACUACGAGGCAAAGAUCCAAAAAUUGAUCGGUCAAUAAAUAGACUUUUUAUUACCAUAUAUGGGUAUAAAUGCAGCCCUCGCUACUA